AUGUGCCAGGUUGUUUAUCUCGAGCCAAUCUAUACUGAAGGGAGGGAUGAUGAAUCAGAGUCUGAUAAAGAUAAAAGUGACACCAAAGCACAAGGCGAAGAAAGGCAUGAACAAUUCCUUACUUUCAUGGCGGCUUCUAAAACCGAAGGACAAAUAGAGUAUCCGAAAAGGCUGGUUGAGAAUGUCACUGAAGAUGAAUCCUUGGGGAGUGAUGAUGAAGAACUUCAGCAAGUUUAUGAAAAGUUAUAUGGCUGGGGAAAAUCUUACGCAGAUGGCACGGAAGAGGAACGCCAACGCAUGGCCGCCCGAAAAAAGGCCGAGGCCAUCCGUUCCGGACUUGUCCUAACUGAGUAUGUUCAACCUACUGUUCUGCAACAUACUAUUGUAGAGGAAUCGGCUCGGGUUGUCAUCGCCGAGACGGAAAAGGAUGUCGAGCGCCCGAUUACAGAAGAUCGACUGAUUUCGGAGGAUCGAGGCGAAAAAAGAAGCGCCGAGGACAGGGACGUCUCCGAAAAGGUCCCUGUUGAUAAGCGGCCAUGCUUAGAGGAGUCGGCUGUGGUUGCCCCUUUCAUCAUUGAACCAAAGAUAAAAAACAUGUCGAUCUCUUCUGAAGCGUCGGCUUUGAAAAAUCCAGGUGUGGCAUUGAGCUUGGCCGCCGCGGUCUCCUUGCCCGCUGACAAGGUAACCUUUCGUGCCGAGACGGACUUGGCAACGGUAGCAUUAGCUACUCAGUCGGCCCUUCUGACGGUUGGAAGGAUCGCCGAAUUAGGCCGACGCCAGCGUGAUGCUGUCGAAAGGAUUGGCCGUUUGCAAUUAGAAGUCGAUGGCCAAAGGAGCAGGGCAGAGCUCGAGGCAAUGAGAGCCGCAAUGAAAAGUGCACGAGCAGAGGCUGAGAAGAAAAGGGCCAGGACUGCUGAUCAACUCAGGUCUGACGUCGAGGAGAGGGCAAACGUGAGCGAGGAAUCGCGCAAGUUAGCCAAGGAGGCGGUUGCGAAACUGGAGGCCGAGUUGGAAGGGUUGAAGCAGGCCAAGGAAAAAGCCGAAUCUGAUGCUUCAGUGGCGUUCGAGGCUGGGAAGAGAGCCGCUUUUAAUGACUAUAAUCGAUUCAUGGAAUGGCUUGGGCAUUCAAGCCGUCUAGAUUGA